AUGUCGUGCCCGUGGUGGGACAACGACGACGACGGGUCGCCUGAGCACCGUGUCCGUGUGAGCAACCUCCCCUGGCGCGCCGACGAGCGCUCACUCAAGGACGCCUUCGCCGACUACGACCCGAUCUACGCCGACAUCGUCACCGACCGGGAGACUGGCAGAUCCCGCGGCUUCGGCUUUGUCGCCUUCAAGGACAGCAAGUCGAUGAACGACGCCAUCGAGGGCAUGAAUGGGCAGGAUCUGGGCGUCCGCACCAUCACCGUCAGCGAGGCCAACCAACGCACCCGCCGCCAGAGGAGAUGA